AUGGCGCAAUAUUCUACUCCAGUUAGUUUCAAGCUGGCCGAUGGCCAUGGCUACGUCCUCGACAAGAGCCAUCUGGAGGCGUGCCGGCUAAACCUGCAACACAUGCUAUUUCGGAAUGUUUUCCAAUUCAGCAUCCAUCCAGGCGUCAAGCUUCCUGCCAGUAACCCGAUUAUCGUCGAUGUUGCAGCUGGAACAUGUCUCUGGAUACUUGACGUUGCGCGUGAAAUCCCUACCGCACAGCUAGACGGGGCCGAAGUUGACUUUACCAAAGCACCGCACGCUUCGUGGCUGCCGCAAAAUGUCACAUUACAAUCGUGGGACAUUUUUGAGGAUCCACCGCCGAGUUUCAUUGGAAAAUACGACUUCGUUCAUGUGCGGCUUCUCGUGUUGGUCCUGUCUGGGCUCGAUGCCAAACCCGUUCUUCGCCGCUUGCUGCAGCUUCUCAAGCCUGGCGGCACGCUGCAAUGGGAUGAUCUAGAUUGCAUGAAUAUGCACGUCAAAAAGGUCGACCCGUCCGUGUUAGCGCCAGCUCUCGACGAGAUUUGUACUUUGUCUUACUCCUCCGGCCGCCAUGACUGGCUCCUCAGCCUUCCGGAGAUGUUGGAGGCGGAGGGGUUUCAGCAUGCACAGCUGCAUCAUUACAGCGAGGGGCCAGCUAUGACGCGGGCCUUCAACGACCUACAUAUGCUUACCAUGGACGAAUUUGCCGGCUCGCUGAUGCGCCUUGGUAAGACGGAAGCGGCAGAAAAUCUGUAUAGGCUCAUUAGGGAAGUCUAUCAAGAAAGUGUGGGCGGCGCUGCGCUCUGUAUCCCUCGGAUUGUAGUCGUGGCGCGACGCGGAACAAUGCAUUAG